AUGUCCGAGCCUUUUAUCGCACCGCAGUCAGUCUUGAUCAUAGGUUCCGGGGUUUUUGGAUUAUCGACCGCUUUAUCGCUCUGUGAAAGGGACGAGUUCUCGAAAUCAACCAUUACCUUGGUGGACAAGCACGAGUUUCCCACUCCCGAUGGAGCAAGCAUCGACACCUCCCGCCUCAUCCGCGCCGACUACGCCGACCCCGACUACGCCGCCUUCGCCACCGAAGCCCAAACCCACUGGCGCCAAUCACACGCCGACGCCAGCCGCUACUACGAAUGCGGCCUCGUCCUCACCUGCGUCCCCAGCAACGUCGACUACCUCCACCGCUCCCUUGCCAACCUCCAAGCCAUGGGCCACAGCGACGGCCUGCACAUCCUGCCCACCCGCGCGGACAUCCUCCGCCUCUCCGGCACUCCUGGCACCGCGGGCACCGCGGGCUACGUGAACCGGCGCUCAGGAUGGGCGGACGCGGAGGCGUCGAUGGCGUAUCUACGGCGGCAGGUCGAGGCGACGGGGCGUGUGACGUUCGUGGUAGGCACAGUGGCGCGGCUGUCCUCCACGGCCGCCCCCUUUCCGCAAAUCACCGGCGCGCACCUGCGCGACGGGAGGCAGCUGACGGCCGACCUCACCAUCCUCGCGGCGGGCGCGUGGACGAACGCGCUACUGCGCCUGGGGAACCGAGUGCGCGCGACGGGGCAAGUGAUGGGGUAUUAUGCGCUGUCGGCGGCGGAGGCGGAAGCGCUGGCGAAGAUACCUGCGCAGAUCGAUAUGUCGCGGGGGUUGUUCUUGAUCCCGCCGCCGCCGCCGCCGUAUGCGACGGGGGUGGAUGAGGGGUAUCCGAAUGCGCAUCGGGUGAGGCAUCCGCAUUUGAAGGUGGCGAGGCAUGGGGUGGGGUAUAUGAACUGGGUGGCACGGGACGCGGGGCUAGGGGGCAUGGAGGAGUGGGACGAAACGGGGACUGAAGGGGAAGGAAAGGUGUCGGUGCCAGUGACAGACGGGCAUACAGUGACCCUCCCCGCCGAAGCCGACGAGGCCCUCCGCGGCUAUAUCCGCGAGCUGUUCCCCCCCAACAUCCCCUCCCCGCUGCCCGCCAGCCUCCGCGACCUCCCCACCCGGCCGUUCUCCCACAGCCGCGUCUGCACUUACGCGGACACGCCGGAUAGUUCCUUUCUGGUCUCCUAUCAUCCGCGGUACGGGGGGUCGCUGUUCCUCGCGACCGGCGGGUCGGGGCACGCGUUCAAGUUCCUGCCGGUGCUAGGGGGGAAGGUGGUGGAUGUGCUGGUGGGGCGGGAGGAGCGGGUGGGGCGGCUGGCGGAGAAGUGGAGGUGGCGAUGGGGGAAGGGGAAUGUGCUGGAGGACGAGUGGAUAGAAGAGGGGAUGAGGGGGGGAGUGAAGGGGUUGACGUGGGAUGAGGCGGUGGCACAGAGUGCGGUGAUAUAA